UCCGGGGCGUUUUCCCCGGCUGGCUCUCAGCUGGGGCGGAGGAAGAGGUGGCCUGGGCCUGCCUAGCCGUUGCAGUCUUCCCCGCUGCUAUGCCCAGGGAGCGCAGCGCCCUCCGCAGCUCCGCGCAGCGCUAGAGGCGGCCGAGCGUCCGCCGACGCCGCCCGGAUCCCGGUGCCACCGCUACCCGAGUCCCUCAGCUCCCGCGCCUCCUCCGGUGCUGCCUGCGAGGCCAGGCGGAGGCAAGAUGAAGAUGACGGUGGAUUUCGAGGAGUGUCUGAAGGACUCGCCCCGUUUCAGGGCUGCUUUGGAAGACGUAGAAGGAGAUGUGGCUGAGCUGGAACUCAAACUCGACAAGCUUGUAAAACUUUGUAUUGCAAUGAUUGAUACCGGCAAAGCCUUCUGUGUUGCAAAUAAACAGUUCAUGAAUGGGAUUCGAGACCUGGCACAGUACUCCAGCAAUGAUGCUGUGGUCGAGACAAGUUUGACCAAGUUUUCUGACAGUCUUCAAGAAAUGAUAAAUUUUCACACAAUCUUGUUUGACCAAACUCAGAGAUCAAUUAAGGCACAGCUUCAGAACUUUGUCAAAGAAGAUCUUAGAAAAUUCAAAGAUGCCAAGAAACAAUUUGAAAAAGUCAGUGAAGAAAAGGAAAAUGCACUAGUAAAAAAUGCCCAAGUUCAAAGAAACAAACAGCAUGAGGUUGAAGAAGCCACAAACAUCCUCACGGCCACAAGGAAGUGCUUCCGGCACAUCGCCCUUGACUAUGUCCUUCAGAUUAAUGUGCUUCAAUCAAAAAGGAGAUCAGAAAUCCUGAAAUCAAUGCUGUCCUUCAUGUACGCACACCUGGCCUUCUUCCAUCAAGGCUACGACCUGUUCAGUGAGCUCGGACCCUACAUGAAAGAUCUCGGAGCACAGUUGGAUCGACUGGUUGUGGAUGCAGCAAAGGAGAAAAGAGAGAUGGAGCAAAAACAUUCUACUAUCCAACAGAAGGAUUUCUCCAGUGAUGACUCCAAGCUGGAGUAUAAUGUGGACGCUGCAAACGGCAUUGUCAUGGAAGGGUAUCUGUUCAAGCGGGCCAGCAACGCCUUCAAAACGUGGAACAGGAAAAAGCCCGAUCAUAUCAGACGCUGGUUCUCCAUACAGAACAAUCAGCUGGUUUACCAGAAAAAGUUUAAGGACAGCCCCACCGUGGUGGUGGAGGACCUGAGGCUCUGCACGGCCAAGCCCUGUGAAGACAUCGAGCGGCGCUUCUGCUUCGAGGUGGUCUCUCCAACAAAAAGUUGUAUGCUCCAGGCGGAUUCCGAAAAGCUGCGCCAGGCCUGGAUUAAGGCUGUUCAGACCAGUAUUGCAACUGCUUAUAGAGAGAAAGGCGACGAAUCCGAGAAAUUGGAUAAGAAAUCAUCUCCAUCAACGGGAAGCCUAGAUUCCGGAAAUGAAUCAAAAGAGAAGUUACUGAAAGGAGAAAGUGCACUGCAGCGUGUCCAGUGUAUCCCUGGCAACAGCAGCUGUUGUGACUGUGGCCUGGCAGACCCACGGUGGGCCAGCAUCAACCUGGGCAUCACCUUGUGUAUCGAGUGCUCUGGGAUUCAUCGGAGUCUUGGAGUUCACUUUUCGAAAGUUCGAUCUUUAACUUUAGACACUUGGGAGCCUGAGCUUCUGAAGCUUAUGUGUGAAUUGGGGAAUGAUGUUAUAAAUCGUGUUUAUGAAGCUAAACUGGAAAAAAUGGGAAUAAAGAAACCACAGCCAGGACAAAGGCAGGAGAAAGAGGCAUAUAUCAGAGCCAAGUAUGUGGAGAGGAAAUUUGUGGAUAAAUACUCUACGUCGUCCUCCCCUUCCGAGCAGGAGAAAAGCAACAGCUCCAAAAGCUGCGAGGAGGCGAGGCUGAGCCACCACGCCAGACUGUCUGUCCACACCUCAGUGGCUGCUGUAAAUAGCGACGAGGCCAGGCGGGAGUCUCUGUUCUGUCCUGAUGAGCUAGACUCACUCUUCUCCUACUUUGAUACUUCUUCAAAACUGCGUAGUAUCAAAAGUAACGAUAGUGGCAUCCAGCAAGGCUCUGAUGAUGGCCGAGAAUCUUUGCCUUCCACGGUGUCAGCCAAUAGCUUGUACGAGCCUGAAGGAGAAAGGCCAGAAUCUUCUGUGUUUCUUGACGCUAAACAACUUAAUCCGGGACUUCAGCUUUAUAGGGCUUCAUAUGAAAAAAACCUUCCCAAAAUGGCUGAGGCUUUGGCUCAUGGUGCCGAUGUGAACUGGGCUAAUUCAGACGAAAACCAAGCAACACCACUCAUUCAGGCUGUACUAGGGGGCUCUUUGGUGACGUGCGAGUUCCUCUUACAGAAUGGUGCUAAUGUGAACCAAAGAGAUGUCCAAGGGCGGGGACCACUGCACCAUGCCACAGUCUUAGGACACACAGGGCAGGUAUGUUUAUUCCUAAAGCGAGGUGCCAAUCAACAUGCCACUGAUGAAGAAGGGAAGGACCCUCUGAGUAUAGCCGUGGAAGCAGCCAAUGCGGACAUAGUAACCCUGUUACGUUUAGCAAGGAUGAAUGAAGAGAUGCGGGAAUCAGAAGGACUCUAUGGACAGCCAGGUGAUGAAACUUACCAGGACAUUUUUCGUGAUUUUUCUCAAAUGGCAUCCAAUAACCCAGAGAAACUCAAUCGUUUCCAGCAAGAUUCACAGAAGUUCUGAGCCUUUUACAAAGGGGAAACUAUGAAAUUUGCUGAAUUUGUAAUAUGUACAACCAAAAACUCACACCUUUUUUUU